AGAUUCGAAGUAGUGGCGCCACUUUGCUUGUCAACUGCAUGAGGAUAAGGUUUAGUACUCCGUGGCGUGCGUAAUGGAUGUGUUGGUUCUAUUCUAACCUACGCCGAAUGAUCGUGUAGCUUUAUUUACGUUAUUCAACUUAAAUUAACUUAAUUGUGCCAAGGUGAAAACAUAUCUUUAUUUCUUCACUAUUAAACCAUUUUUAUAUUGAUUUUAUCUAAACACCGUCUAUAAGUUUCUGAGGGCAUUACGCCUGGUGGGCUUUUUGGAGCAGCGUGACGUUCCGUGAGAAAUAAGUGAUCAGUUUCGCCCGUUUCGCGGAUAUGUUACGCUAAGUUUUAACACUUAUGUUGGUGGAUUAAUAAAAUUUAAUAAAAAUGGUUAAAUCUAUCGAAUUAUAGUGGGUGCAAUCAGUUGUUCAACAUUCAGAUUGGAGCAGUUUGAAAAUAAAAGUAUAUUCUGUUGUAUUUAAAAUACUACUGAAACAAUGAUGGAGUUGAGUCAUAGUUUGACCCUGAAUGAGGAUGCUCUCAAUCAAAUUCCUGAAGCAAAACGACCAGUUUUCGUUUUUGAAUGGCUGCGAUUUUUGGACAAAGUUUUAGUCGCUGCACAGAAGAGUGAUAUCAAAGGAUGUCAACAGAAACUUGUAGAACAAUUAACCCGACACAUGCAAGGAGCUCCAGGUCCACCCACUCGUCGUCUCAUAGCUCGAUGUCUUGCUACUUUAUUCAGUGUUGGUGAUACAUUUCUGCUCUUUGACACUGUAAACAAGUGUAAUGAUAUUCUAAAAAACAAAGAUGAUUCACCAAGCUUCCUGCCCACAAAAUUAGCUGCAAUAUGUUGUGUGGGAUGUAUGUAUGAAAAACUAGGUCGAAUGAUGGGUAGAUCAUAUGAGGAAACUGUACAGAUCCUUAUAAAAUCACUGCGUUCAGCAGAAUCGCAAACUCGUAUAGAAAUAAUGUACACGCUUGAAAAGGUAUGUGCUGGUAUGGGCUCAGCAAUCACAAAUGUGCAUAAAGAAAUAUACAAAGUUUCUAGGCACUGUUUAACAGAUAGAGUGAUGGCAGUCAGAUGCGCUGCUGCUAAGUGUCUCUUGGAAAUGCUCAAUCAUGCACCGUUCCUCUAUACUACAGAAAUUGAGAGCGUCGCGACGUUAUGUUUCCGCGCAUUUGAAGGAUCAAAUUACGAAGUGCGAUGUUCCGUUGCUAAGCUCCUUGGCGCGUUAGUCGCAAUGACACAGCUUCCAGCUCCUAAAGGAAAGAAUCCGACAGCCGCGCAAAGUAAAGCGUACAAACAAAUAUCCCUCGAUGAAGUACUGAAUAUUCUCAUGUCUGGAUUUUUACGAGGUGGCGUCGGAUUCCUAAAGGGCACUGGAGAGAUGAUAAAGGGGAGUUCUGGAGUUAAUAGAGAAGUUCGAGUUGGAGUAACACACGCUUAUGUGGUUUUUGUUCAAAUCUUGGGCGGCACCUGGUUAGAGCGUAACAUAGGAGCACUGGUUGCGCACGUAUUAGACCUCGUUGCAAAUCCAAAAGCAGCAAGCUCGCACGUCGAUGCUGUCUAUUCACGUAAAUGCAUCAAUUUUAUAUUACGGGGUACGGUUGGAAAAUUGUUAGGCGAAGGUGCACAGGCGGCAGCUUGCAAAGAAAUUGCUCAUGUCAUCCUGAAGCAAAUGAAUUCAAUCGAUUUCAGUCCUGAAAAUGCUAAGGAUUGUAACCAAGAGACACUCUUCAGCCAGCACUUGUUAGUCUGUGCUUUACAAGAAAUGGGUCAUUUAAUUCUGGGUCUGGGUACCACAGCAUGUAACUUACUGUCUGAUCAGUCAUUGAGCUUGAUUGACACUACUAUGGCUGUUUUGGUACAUCCUUGUCAAGCUGCUAGGUUGGCAGCAUCGUGGUGCCUGCGAUGCAUUUGUGUAGCUGUACCAAGUCAGAUAACGCCACUAAUUGAUCGAUGCGUCGAAGGUAUUGAAAAUAUGCGAAGCUCACCGGAAGCUAUUGCAGGAUAUAGUAGUGCUUUGGCUGCUGUAUUGGGAAGCGUUCGACUAUCGCCACUUGGAGUACCACAUACGAAGGGCAAGAUUAUCUUUAACACUGCUGAAGAAUUACUGAGAAGUGCCAGUCAAAAUAGUCGCUUGUCUUUAAACAGAACUCAUGCCGGUUGGCUUUUGAUUGGAGCAAUAAUGACUCUAGGCACAGCCGUUGUCAAAGGUCUACUACCUAGAAUGCUACUUCUAUGGAGAAAUUCUUUUCCACGCUCGAACAAGGAACUUGAAAGUGAAAAAGCUCGAGGAGAUGCUUUCACCUGGCAAGUAACUCUGGAAGGUCGUGCCGGUGCACUAUCCGCUAUGCACAGCUUUUUAUUACAUUGUCCAGAGCUCCUUAAUGAUGACAUCACAAGACGACUUCUAACUCCUAUUGAGUCUGCUCUAGCUAUGCUAACAAACCUGUCAACUGUACUAAAAAAUUACGGUCAACAAUUGAAAGCACCUGCUGCGAUGGUUCGUUUACGCUUAUACGAAACGUUGCUCUUGUUACCACCUCAGACAUUCGAAGGUUCAUAUACGCAUCUCCUGAGGAUGCUGGUGUCGGAAUUCACCUUAACUGAAAAUCCAGGAAACACAACCACGUCUUUGUUGCGCGUUGUCUGUCACGCUAACGAUUCUGUCAUACUUGGCACAUGGCUUCAAGAAACUGAUCAUCGCACUAUAGAAGACCAAAUGGAACCAAACCGCAGGGCUGAUUUGGAACAUUUGCAGCCCAACAGUGCUGCUGGAUCCGGCGCUUUAGAACAUAAUUCAUGUUGUCUAUACAGACCAGUACCACUCAAUGAAAUAAUACCAGGGCCUCUUCCACUGGGUGUUGCAGUCAUCGAUUUAUCCGUCUCAUUAUUUGGCCAAAUUUUUCCAAGAGUUGCAAAUAAGCAUCGUUUGCAGAUGCUUGAUCAUUUUAGCGAGUGCAUAAAACACGCUAAAUCCGGCAGACAAGAGGCCAUACAAAUGAACGUAUUUACAGCUGUGCUAACUGGCUUAAAAGGUCUUAAUGAGGCGAAAACUAGCUUCGGCCAAGAGGACGUGAAGAAAUCUGCAACAAAUCUGAUAAUUAGUGCAUUGGUAAGCAGUAACUCUAUCCUUCGAUGGGCAGCUGGAGAAGCAAUGGGAAGAAUGGCCCAAGUGAUUUCUGAUCCUAAAUUCACUGCUGAAUUGGCGCAAACUAGUUUUGAUAGGCUUAAAUCAGCCCGCGACGUUGCUAGUAGAACUGGCCAUUCUUUGGCUCUGGGCUGUCUUCACAAAUACGUUGGCGGAAUGGGUUCCAGUCAGCAUCUUAAUACCAGUGUCAGCAUCUUACUCGCCUUGGCGCAGGAUAAUACGUCACCUGUUGUGCAGGUUUGGGCAUUACACGCCCUUGCUUUAAUAGCAGAUUCAGGUGGUCCAAUGUUCCGUGGCUACGUAGAGCCCACACUGUCCUUAGCGUUGACCCUACUUCUCAAUGUACCUCAUUCUUAUAUCGAUGUACAUCAGUGCAUCGGCAAAGUGUUAUCCGCUCUUAUCACUACAAUUGGUCCUGAACUACAAGGCAAUACGUCAACAAUAUGCAUGGCACGAUCUUCCUUCCUUUGUGCUUGUGCCAUAAUGCAGGAUCAUCAAGAUCCUUUAGUACAGGCCGAAGCUACUGGAUGUCUUCAACAGUUACACUUAUUUGCUCCUAGACACGUUAAUCUAUCAUCUCUCGUUCCCACGCUAUGCAGAACACUAUCUAGUAAUCAUCUCCUCCUACGCAAAGCUGCUAUAUCAUGCUUGAGACAGCUGGCUCAACGCGAGGCAAAAGAAGUCUGCGAGCAUGCUAUGACCCUGGCUAAUGAGAGCAGGGAUACGAAUGUUGUAGAAGGUCUGAUAAUCACAGAAACGGGUCUUCCAGGUGUCCUGUUUAGCAUGCUUGACACAGAAACGGACAGCAGGCUAAUAAAAGAUAUCCAUGACACUCUUACGAGUAUGUUGCAAAUAUUAGCUGCUGACAAUCUGUCCCAAUGGCUCUCGUUGUGUAAAGAUGUUCUUACGGUCGCGUCAGAAUCUAGCACGAUGGAAGAAGCGGCUGUCAUUACAGUCGAGGAUGGCGCGGCGGAUAAUGAAAACGCGGAUGCGGAAGGGGAUGAUGAUCAAGCAGAAUUUCAUGCUGAUGAAUCUAUGAGACAGCGUCCAACUGUUUCUCCGCGAUGGCCAACAAGAGUCUUUGCCGCGCAAUGCGUACGUCGCAUUGUAGCUACGUGCGUUAACAACAAACAGGCGCACUUCGAUCUUUCGUUGGCUAAAGAGAUGCAAAUGGCCAAAGGAAGAGGGGAUUUCCUGGUGCUACAUCUUUCGGACCUGGUACGCAUGGCAUUUAUGGCUGCCACUAGCGACUGUGAUCCUUUACGAUUGGAAGGCCUUAAGACAUUGCAGGAGAUUAUUGAGAAAUUCGCUAAAGUUCCAGAGCCGGAAUUCCCCGGUCACUUGCUACUAGAACAAUUUCAGGCCCAAGUCGGUGCUGCAUUAAGACCAGCAUUUUCUACAGAAACGGCGUCUCAUGUCACAGCAGCAGCUUGCGAGGCUUGCAGUGCUUGGAUCGGUAGUGGUGUAGCUAGGGAUCUUAAUGAUCUACGUCGGGUACAUCAGCUACUCGUUUCGUCCCUAGAAAAGUUACGUGAAGGCCAUACACGUCAACAGCUAUACAAUGAAAGCUUAUCAACUCUUGAACGAUUAGCCAUAUUAAAAGCAUGGGCUGAGGUGUACGUAGUUGCUAUGAUUAAUGACGGAUCUGCACCUGGAAGUAGAGAAACGCUACAUCGCAACACAACUCAAAGUGAUGACAAUGACGCAGAGGAUUUCGGUGAAUUUGAAUUUCAAAACGAAAGCUUGUUGAGUUUAGUGCAGCCAGAACUUUUGAGUCUAAGUCAACACUGGUUAGCUGCACUAAGGGAUCAUGCUCUACUUUCUCUACCGCCGGAAUUCUCAAGCCAAUUGCCGCACGAUGGUGGAGCGUUUUAUACAACAGAUACUAUGGAAUCGGCUCGUCCUUAUUACUUGGAAUCGUGGGCACCAAUUUUACACGCAGCGACACUCUGGCUCAAUGCCAGAGGAUUUGAGAUAACGGAAUCAGUCAGUAACGAGACGAAAAAUUUUGUUGGUCACAACAACAAUAAUAAUAUGUCCUUAAAGAAAGAUUCUAACGUUGAACGAUUCCAUUUACUUUUUGGCAUAUGCAUGGAAGCUUUAUGCAGUCCCAGAUCUUCUGAAUCCAUUCAAAACACAGAAACCUGUUUAAGUGCUCUUUAUACCCUUCUAAAUUCGACGUGGGCCCGAAAAGUACUAAUAUCCGAUCGUUCCUUACCAAUUGAACUGUGUAAUGUUCUCCACAGGCUGCUAUUAACCAGAGAAAGCUAUGCUAUACAAAUGAUGGUGAUGGAAGUACUGAAGCAGAUAAUGAAAGGCGCACAAGAGGAGUUGACUGACAGGAAGAAGUUGAAGCUCAAAGAACUAAUCCCGGCAAAUCAAGAGGCGAAGGAAAUCCUAGAGCUGGAUUUAUUAGGUGAAGGUGAUGAGAAUGGUGAACUCGUUCCUGGGAAAUCCUUGGUAUUCGCUAUACUUGAAGUUUGUUUAUGUCUCUUGGUACGGCAAAUACCGGCAUUAAAUCCAAAUCCUGAAGGAGCUACUGCCAUUUUAUCACAGCGAGGAUAUACACCCUCCGAAGAGAGUGGCAAAUUAAUUGCCUCGGCUCUUAACGUUAUGGAAGCACUACCUAAACUCUGUUCACCGCAAGGAGCCAUUGCGAUCUUACCAACGUUACUAUAUUUAACGACGGGUGUGAUAAGAGAAACUGCAGUACGUGUCGAUAGCGACAUGAUUAGAACAGAACCGGAAACUCCUGUUCACGCCGCAUUGCAUUGUCUUAAAAAUUUAACUAUUAAUAAAUAUGCCAAGGAUCAAAGGAGUCAAGAACAAUGGACCAUACUCUUACAGAGUGCACUAGCUAAGAUUAUUGAUCUAGCAAAAACUGUAGGAUGUGACGAAACGAAAAUGGACGAAGUUGCCAUGAUGCUAGGCAUAGCAGUAUUUGUUCUUCAUGCGCUGCCAGAUGUAGUGAGCGCGCCGAAUUUACAAUUUCCUUGCAUUAAUCACUUCCGGCAAUCAAUUCAAUCCGAAAAUACUAUAGUGAAAUUAAAAUGCAUUCAGACUUUGAAGACCAUCUUUGUACAUCCUGAGCGUAGUAUCAGUACUCCAUAUAUUCAUGCACUCGCACCUAGAAUAGUAGAAUAUUUAUAUAGUGAGAAAAGUAAACAAGUGUCAAAUGAAACGGAAUUAUCAUUCACAUUAGAAUGUAUCGGUACCAUCGAGGCCCUCAUAGCAUUGGCAGAGCCUGCUAACCGAGAUCUUCUGCAAGGUAUACAGAUGCUAACUCUACUGGUACCUAUUCUAAUCAAUUAUUUAUUGGAGGGCGAUAAAUUACAACAUGGCACAAAAUAUCAGAUAAGUCUUCAUCAGCAAAGCUUCCAAUGGUUGAAUAAAAUUGGACCAAAAUAUCCUCAGGAGUUCAAAACCCUGAUGACACAGUCCACAGAAUUGAAAACAAAGCUAGAAACGGCAGUGAGAUCAAGUCAUCUACAGGCACAACGACAAACUCGAACGCUUGAGUCAGCAAAGCAACAUCUUAAAGUUCAGACGGCACCUUCCAUCAAAUUAAAAACAGAUUUUUCGAAUUUCAACUAAACUACUUAGCGAAUAAGAAUAAAGAUGCAGUAAUAGUUGCAUGUAUCGUCAUUGGUAAGGAAUUAAUAACCAUUUGUUCUACACUAUCGUAUCAUUAAUAUCAACAUAUGUCUAGAGAAGCAUGUAGUUUGUUAUCAUCGUUAAAAAAUCGCAUUUACCCCUGCGCUACCAAAUCAUCGAUAUCAGCUGAAUCUAUGAAAUCCAUUUUUUUAUUUCUCUAGAUGAUAAGGGAUAAAAUUCAUACAAAACUAUUGAUUAACAUCUUGUCUAAUGAUCAGAAUCAGUUAGUCUUGGUCCAUUGUUAACAAGAUUUAUAAAAAUGAGGCUAAACCGUUAUCACAGUGAUUUCAUUUAUCUGUUAGUCAUACAAAAUCAUAUUCGUGUACUCGGCUUAAAAAAAUCUAUUGCGUGAAUGAACGAAUAGGUUUCGAUACCGUUCCUCUUAUUUAACGCUUAUUCGUUACUGUAUAAUCAAUAGAGUAAAAUCAAUCAUUUAAAGAGAAUUUUGCAACUUGUACAGAUCAUGAAAUACCCUUUUUCAAGAGGCUUGUUUUUUAGAGAUUACCUAUCUACUGCAUUUGAGGAAAAUUUUUGACAAAAUUUAUUACACAGGGUUUAAAGAAAAGUAACAUUUUACGAUAUUUUGAUUAUCAUUGUCCUUAUAGAUAUUACUGAUAAUAUAUAUAUAUUUCCGUUACUAAUCUCUUACUACAAUACCGUGUGCAUUUCACAGUAGCAUACCUUUUUACUUUUUAUUAGUGCAGUAUAAAAGAUCAGUGAGUUUAUCAAAAGGAUAGUUUAAUAAUUGUAUUUUUUAUAUGUCAUCUGUACAAAUUGAGUAUAUUGAUCAAGAAAGAAAAAUAUUUAUUAAUAUCAAGACAUUGACUUUCUCAUCUGACAAUUUUCAUACCGAAUACAAUGUAGAAAUAUUAAUCAUAUUAUUAUUUAUCUUAAUCACUAAAAGAGAUCAUAAGACCUUUGAACUUCCUAUUGAAAUUAUUAUUUUGUAUUAUAACUCUGCAUUAUCUAGUUGUAUGUGAAUCACUAUACCGAUGCUUUGAAUUAUUUAUUUCAUUGUAUAAUACGAAUUAUGCGUUUCAAUUGCAACACAAUAUAAAAAUAUUUAUAAUAAUGAAACGGGCGUGCGGCACAAUUUAAAAGUAAUAAAAUAUAUGUGCACCUUAAGUGAUGAUUAUUUCAUGAUAAACGAAAAAAAGUAGUUGCAAUUAAAUUUGAAAAUUCAAUUUCCUCUAAUAAUGAAUUAGAUGGAAAAUUUUCUUUCAUGAUACUGUCGAUUCUUUAUAGCAUAUUUCUUAUACUAAUUCAUUGUAAUACAAACUUGAAGUUCGAGAUUACGUUACAGAAUCAUCAUUGAAAUUAGUUUAAUUAAAAAUAUGUAUAUGAUUGUCGCGUACAGCGCGAAAGUAGCGCAAAUGCCGAAUGUUAGAUCAUCAACUUUUAACGUCUACCCUAUAUACUGAAUGUAACAUUAAUAAUUGCAUAAUAUUAUGUGGUAAAUAAUUGGAGGAUAGACGAUCAGAGAAGCAAAUUAAUAAAAUUGUGAGACUAUUAGAUAUAGGAAAAUACGUAAUAUAUAUCGUGAUAAUAGAAAGUUCGUACUAUUUUUUAUAUUAUUAUUUUAGGAGAUUUCUGCUAUUAAUUUUUAGAUAUAUUACUUGCCAAGAAAUUAAUAAUUUCUAUUUACACGUGUAGAAUUGAUACAUUAACAGCAAGAUAUCAUGUUAUACGAUCCCUCUAUGCUCCGCAAUAAAUAUAUAAUGACUGAAA